GGGGGUGGAUGUGGAUAUGUGCGUUUACUCUGCAGAAUGCUAGUGUUGUCUGUUCUAUUAUCACAGCAAGAAAAUUUAUUUAAAAAUAAAAAAAGCAACAGGAAAACCUAGAGUAGAGACCAGGAGUUCAUUUUAGGAAGAGUUUGGGAUUCGCGUUUGUUGUGAUAAAGCGGAUAGGUUUCAUUUAUUUCUGGAGAAUUCUUGGAACGAUGGCAGCAAGUUGGCUUUAUGAAGGGAUCUGAAGACCUUUAUUUUAUAUCCCCAUCAGCUUGGAUGGGUAGGGAUUCUUGUUUCUCAUUCUUACGUUUUUUAUUUUCUGUAAGUCUUUUUUCUUGUUAAAGCUAUGCCUCCAAGAGCAUUCCUUGGAAACUGCUAGAGCUUAGAAACGACUUGAAGCAGACAUCCUGACUGUGAAAUUCAGCUUGGCCAUAAAUUCCAGGUUUGCUCCCCCAACAGUAAGGAGAAAAUGCUGCUAUCAGUGACUUCCAGGCCUGGGAUUUCGACUUUUGGCUAUAACAAGAACAACAAGAAGCCAUAUGUGUCAUUGGCUCAGCAGAUGGCACCUCCUAGUCCGAGCAACAGCACCCCCAACAGCAGCAGCGGGAAUAAUGGGAGUGAGCAGCUGAGCAAAACCAACCUGUACAUCCGGGGACUGCAGCCAGGCACCACGGAUCAGGACCUUGUCCGGCUCUGUCAGCCAUAUGGCAAGAUUGUGUCCACGAAGGCCAUCUUGGACAAGACCACAAACAAGUGCAAAGGCUAUGGCUUUGUGGAUUUUGACAGCCCUUCAGCAGCACAGAAGGCCGUCACAGCCCUGAAAGCCAGCGGUGUGCAGGCCCAGAUGGCAAAGCAACAGGAGCAGGACCCCACAAAUUUAUACAUCUCAAACCUCCCACUGUCAAUGGACGAGCAGGAGCUGGAGGGAAUGUUGAAGCCCUUUGGCCAGGUCAUCUCCACUCGAAUCCUUCGAGACACCACUGGGUCCAGCAGAGGGGUUGGCUUUGCCAGGAUGGAGUCCACAGAGAAGUGUGAAGCCAUCAUCACCCACUUUAAUGGAAAAUAUAUUAAGACACCCCCUGGAGUGCCAGCACCAUCUGAUCCCUUGCUUUGCAAAUUUGCUGAUGGUGGACCAAAGAAACGGCAGAACCAAGGAAAAUUUGUGCAAAAUGGACGGGCCUGGCCAAGGAAUGGAGACAUGGGUGGUAUGGCCUUGACCUAUGACCCCACCACAGCUCUUCAGAAUGGAUUUUACCCGGCGCCUUAUAACAUCACUCCCAACAGGAUGCUGGCUCAGCCCGCGCUCUCCCCGUAUCUGCCAUCUCCUGUGUCUUCCUAUCAGAGAAUGACGCAGACAUCGCCUCUACAAGUACCUACCCCAUCGUGGAUGCAGCACCAGUCAUACCUCAUGCAGCCUUCUGGUUCAGUUCUAACACCAGGGAUGGAUCAUCCUAUUUCUCUCCAGCCUGCCUCUAUGAUGGGACCUCUCACCCAGCAACUGGGCCACCUCUCGCUCAGCAGCACAGGCACGUAUAUGCCAACAGCUGCCGCUAUGCAAGGAGCUUACAUCUCCCAGUACCCCCCUGUGCCUUCUUCUAACGUUUCAGUUGAGGAGAACAGCGGCCAGCAAAACCAAGUGGCAGUGGAGACACCCUCAGACCAUGGGGUUUAUUCUUUCCAGUUCAGCAAGUAACAAUGGACCUGGGCCAAGAGAAGCAACCUCCGCACUCCGCCCUGUGCUGAGCCCCCUUUGCGGCUGGAGGCUGGCCACCUGCCACUUUUUCUAUGUGCUACAUUCAAGGAGAUCAAAGAAAACUUUUUCUUUUGCAAAGAAAGUUUUUUGCUUUGUUUUUAUUGCAACAUACUUUUCUCCUGCCCAAAGAGACAUGGCGGCUGGAGCUUCGUCUCAUCUGCAUGAAGAACCGUUUUGUUUUGUUUUUCUUAAUUAUUCAUUGGAGUUAUUUGAGAAGGCUUUUUAAAUGAUUGGAAUUACUUUAAACCAAAACAAAGAACAGAAAGACAUGGUGCUAGAAGGCUGACGAAGGAGCCUACUUGCUGAGUUUGGUUAUGGCCUUUUUUUUUUUAUAUAUGUGUGGCUGUGUUUAAGAAAUAUGCAGACUUUAUAAUGUUUGAUUUGUAAAACUCUCCUCACAUCGGUCUCUUUACACAUUUUUUUUUGUUUGCCUUGUUUCUCUCAUCCAAGUUGUUCUUUUUUUCUUUUCCAUAUAGCUGAGCUUUCCUGCUUUGCUUUUUUAGUUUUUGUGAUUUUCUUUUUUGAAUGAAAUUUCAUGUGAAGUUGGAGCUGGGGAGGGAAUGGGCAAGGACAAAGUAGAACCCUAACAGCCAGAGGAAGUAGCUUGCUCUCCAGCUCUGCCUCAUCCUGGGAGAAAAGACUAGACUCCGGCUAUCCUGAGCACAGGUGUGACCUAGGCUCCAGGAAACCACGUCACCUGCCGGAUGCUGGUGGCUCACUCCUGCAAUCCUAAGCUACUCAGGAGGCUGAGAUCUGAUGACCAUGGUUUG